AUGAUUUUUCAAGCUUCGCAGCCUUUCCUGAUAUUCGGCCACGGUAAAGCCAUUCAUCGGAUGGGCCUUAAUGGCAAGAACCACAGAAGGCUUGUGCCUGGGGUGGGAAGCUCAAUCCUGCUCGACUUUCAUUUCAAAGAGCAGAGAGUUUACUGGACCGACAAGCACACCGGGGUCAUCUACAAAGCAGCUGCGAAAGGAGCACGCAGACAGAAACUAUAUUCAUUUGACAAAAACAUCUCAGGCCUGGCAGUGGACUGGAUUUGGAACAGUGUAUACUGGACAAGUGGAGAAAAGGGGGAAAUAAAGAGAAUGGAUAUAAAUGGGAAAAAACAGAGGACUGUUUUACGACAUUUGACCCAGCCCAGUUCUAUAACUGUUGACCCCUUGAACAGGUUUUUGUUUUGGGUAUCUGGGGGGAUAUCCCCAAGUAUCCAAAGGUCUGAUGUCACAGGACAGAUGAAAAUUACAUUAAUUAAGAUAACUGAACAACUGAGGGCACUGUCGAUUGACCGAGCAGACAACAGACUGUUCUGGGUUCAGUUUGGGCUACAGGGAGAAAGUGCCAUUGCCUCUUGUGAUUACAACGGGAACGUCCUGCACAUCAUGAAUCUUCCACUUCGGUCUCAUUCAGUUGGAAUAGCAGUUUUUCUGGAGCACAUAUACUACACUGAUGCUGAGUCUCGGGUUGUAAAACAAGUAAACAAGUACACUGGUGGAGAGCCACGGGUUGUUAACAUAAAACAAAUGGCUAAACCUCCUGUUGAUAUCAAGGUGGUGCAUCCCCUCAAUCAGCCAACAGCAGACCCACUAUCACCAUUUCCAGGUUGUGAUGACCAAGGUGGAAAUUGUGUGAACGUGUGUUCCAGUCUGGCAGAGCAAGGGGUUUGCCAGUGCAGUGAAGGUUUUGUUCUCAGUAAGGAAGGCACUUACUGUAAAGAUGUGAAUGAAUGUGCCCACUGGAACCAUGGCUGCUCCCUCGGUUGUGAGAACAUUCCCGGCUCUUAUUUCUGUACCUGUCCUAAAGGAUACGCCCUCUUACCAGACAGGAAGACAUGCCAAGAAAUCAUACCGUGUGAAAGCAACAUGACAAAGUGUGGCAACGGGUGCCUGUCAACAGGAAAUGGUGCUGUCUGUGUUUGCCCCGAGGGAUCUAUACUACAGCAGGAUGGACAAGCAUGUACUGGCUGUUCAUCCACUGACAGAGGAGGGUGCAGUCAGCUCUGCAGCCCUGUCACCCCCAGUAGCUGGGAGUGUGGCUGUCUGCCUGGCUACCAGCUCCACCAAGAUGGCAAAUACUGCACUGCAACUGGACCUCCGCCCUAUCUGCUAGUUGCUAAUCUAGUAGAUGUCCGAAGAAUUAACCCUGAUGGCACUAUGGAUCAAAUCGUGGUGGAAGAGCCCAGAGGAAUAAUCUUAGCUUUAGACUAUGACCCCAUCCAGAACAAUGUGUACUUUGCAAGUACAAGCCAGAAGACAAUUGAGCAAAUUGAUUUAAAUGGUGGCUCAAGAAAUAUUCUCAUCUCUGAUGGUUUGGACUCUCCAGAGGGGCUGGCAGUUGACUGGGUUCACCACAAAAUGUACUGGACGGAUAGAGGUCAGUCAACUGUUGACUGCAGCACCUUAGAUGGACUUCACAAGGAAACUGUCGUGAGAAAAGGUUUGGAAAAGCCAAGAGGGAUCGCAGUUCAUCCUCUGGCAAAGAAGUUAUUCUGGACUGACAUAGGGGCCCACCCUGUGGUGGAACGUGCCUCCCUGGAAGGGAGAGACCGUGCAGUCAUUGCUAGCACCAACCUUGUGUCGCCCACUGGCCUGACCAUUGACUUCACAGAGGACCGCGUGUUCUGGUGCGAUCAGAGGAAGGGCACAAUAGAGACUGCAGCCCUGGAUGGUUCAGACCGAAGGGUCGUGUCAGAGAACCAAGUAGGCCGACCUUUUGAUCUUGCAGUGUUUGAAGAUGGGCUCUGGAUCUCUGAUCAGGCGCACCAGCGGCUGAGCAGUGUGCACAAGCGGACUGGGAAAAAACUGCAAUGGAUCCACGGAAGAAUGGUGCAACCAGCAUCCAUCGUGGUAGUUCAUCCCCUUGCUAAGCCAGGGGCAGAUAUGUGCCUUCACCUGAAUGGAGGUUGCUCCCAGGUGUGUGAAAGCAAGGGGGCUUUUGUCCACUGCUCUUGUUUCUCACACCAUAUCCUAUCAGCUGAUGGAAAAACCUGCCUGUCUGAUGCUUCGAAUGGAACAGCAGAACAUGGAGACAGUGAAUCCACUGAUUUAACACUUCUGAAAAACAAAACCUUUAAUGAUGAGUGCUCACCACUGACAGCUGAUAAAGGGGAGCCUGAUUUCCACUCGGAUGUCAGCAGUGAGCCAACGUUCUUCACAGACAAAAUGAUUUCAGACCAGAAUGAGUGCUGCUCACUCCGCUGUGAUAUGAAUGCACAGUGCCUGCUAAAUGCUGGCCACCCAAAUUGUUUCUGUCAAGAGGGCUUCACAGGUGAUGGACGGCUAUGUGUGGAUAUUGAUGAGUGUAAACUGGGAAUAUACAACUGUGACAAAAAUGCCGAAUGUCAAAACACUGUAGGGAAAUAUUACUGCAAGUGCCAACCUGGAUACUACGGCAAUGGGCAGACAUGUCAAGAGUUGGAGCCCACAUCCCCAUGGGUGACACCUAGUAGCUCUGCUGACGCUACCACCAAGCACCACAGCAUUAAUGCAGUAGAGAGUUGUCCUGCCAGCCAUGAGACCUACUGUCUGUACCACGGUGUUUGCUUCUACUUUCGUGAAUUGGACUCGUAUGCCUGCAAUUGUGUAUCGGGCUACAUGGGCGAGAGAUGUCAGUUCAGUGACCUGGAAUGGUUGGAGCUUCAGCGGGCUGAAAAGGAAAAGAAGAGGAAUGUGGUCAUUGCAGCCUGCAUGGCGGUCCUCGUUUCCUUGCUCUCAAUCACUGCCUGUGUCACCUACUGCUAUGGAACUAGAAAACGCUUCCACAAACAGCCAUCAGUGGAUAAUGUGAGUGAGACCAGCGUGACGGAUGAGAGCAUGUCAGAGACGACCACUACCACUGUUCCUCGGUUCUACAUGAUGGUGGAAAAUGGUGUUGAAGGAAAAGUUCUUCCUGCCAUGGGCUGUCCAAGAACAGCUGUGUGUGCAUCCUGCUCUUCAGAAACAGGUACCAACCCUGAAACUGAUGAGUCUGGAAACCUGUCCCAGCACAGCAGAGGAUACGAGUGUUUCAUGGUGUCAGCUGUUGCCACUGAGACAAUGCAACCCACUGUGGAUCUCUCACGUCCAUCACUGUCAAGCUCAUAUGGCUGUGCAUCGUUUAAACCAGUGACGUUACCACGGACCUCCAGCCCAGAGUCAACUCCUUCCUAGCUCACUGGAAACAGCAUACAGUCAGCUGUUUGGAAAUUACAUACCAAAAAUACAACAUACAAAAAAACCCAAAAACUUUUGGAAAGUUUUAUAUUUAGUUGAAAAGACAAAAAUUAUUAAGUGCAUUGUGUAAAAACAUAAAAAAUGACAGCUCAUCAAACCAAGUAUCCCUCCCCAGAUGAGUAUGAUGGAGGUAGUUUAACAUUAAUAGAAAAAACAGUGUAGAGCUUCAAUGUGCCGUGGCAUCGAGUCUCUGAAACUCUACUGUAGGGAUAUUAUUCCAAACGUGAUGGUGUCGUUAGUGAGUGCUGUCUAACAACUGGACCUAAUGUCUAUAAAAGCCAAAGCACAUAAUUUUUUACAGUCAUCAAGCUAUUCAGUGACCUCUUAUGCCCCAUGGAUAAGGGCAUUUUAAUCCUGGAAAAAAAAAAGCCCACUCACAUCAGCCUGUGAUUCUUUCCUCUAAAGGGAUAAGCUGACCCAAACCAAGCUGUUAAAAUAUAUUCCACAGUAAAACACGAGCCACUGGAUCCUCUCACUGUAAGGGUAAAACGUUCAGCCCUGUGCCCUUCUCGUGAUGUAUGCCACGGUCUGUGGUCUGACCGCAAGACCAGCACCUAGUUUCUCUUUUGUUGCCCCACUGAAGUCUGCAACUUGCAUUCAUCUUUGCAAUGUAGCUAUAACCGUACUAAAAAACCUUACGUAAAUGCUGAUAGACUGUUGAUGCUCACAGUCUUAUCGUAUCAUGCACUGACAUAAAUUUCACAAUUGCUCUUCUGCUUUUCCUUAAAUAUUGCACCAACGCACGAGCAUCAAGGUCAUCAAAUCUGUAACUGUGGAUCACUAUUUCAGACCCUCUGUACAGACGCCUUUCCCAUGGAUCUAAAUGUAGUUGUCACUUUGGUUCCUGGUCCUGUUCAAACAGAAGCCAGUUUAGGAGUCUUAAUGACUCUUUCAAAGUUACCUCUUUUCCAACAGCCAUCUUGAUACAAAAUCACAUUCAACUGGGUCUGCUUAGCAUUUUUAUGCAUUCCACAGAGCACAGUGGGAUAUUAAUUGCAUAAUUAUACCAUGCAGUGCCUUUGCUGUAUUUAUUUCAUCAUAUUUUUCCUUUAAUUUGUUAACUAUCUGUUU